AUGCAUAACCCCAGGCCGGGCGGCGGGGACAUCGUCGAGAUGUCGUCGUCGUCCGCCGCCGCGGCGGGCGAGGGGCCCACCAGGGAGCGCGUGAUCCCGCACAGCGGCCCGCUGAGCAAGAAGGCCGGGGCGCGGAAGAGCGCGCGGUUCGCGGAGUCCGUGUCGGCGCCGCUCACCGCGCCGCCGCCGCGCGCCGCCUCGCCGGCGUCCAACAACGACGACGACGACUACGUGGAGAUCACCCUCGACGUGCGCGACGACUCGGUGGCGGUGCACAGCGUGAAGCCGGCCCACGGCGGCGGGCACGCCGGCGGCAACGGCGACGACUCGGACGUGACGCUGCUGGCGCGCACGCUGGAGAACCGGCGGUCCGCCAGCUCCGUCAUCCGGAACGCGUCGUCGCGGAUCAAGCAGGUGUCGCAGGAGCUCCGCCGCAUCGCCUCCGUCAACCGCCGCGGCGGCGGGCCCAGGUUCGACCGCUCCAAGUCCGCCGCGGCGCACGCGCUCAAGGGGCUCAAGUUCAUCAGCAAGGCCGAGGGCACCGCCGGAUGGGAGGCCGUCGAGAGGCGGUUCGACAAGCUCGCCGAGAACGGACUCCUCCACCGCUCCAAGUUCGGCCAGUGCAUCGGGAUGAAGGAGCCGGAGUUCGCCGGCGAACUGUUCGACGCGCUGUUGCGGCGCCGCAACAUCUCCGGCGACAGCAUCAGCAAGGCGGAGCUGCUCGAGUUCUGGGACCAAAUCUCCGACACCAGCUUCGACGGCCGCCUGCAGACCUUCUUCGACAUGGUGGACAAGGACGCGGACGGCAGGAUCACCGAGGAGGAGGUCAAAGAGAUCAUCACGCUGAGCGCGUCGGCGAACAAGCUGUCGAAGAUCACGGAGCAAGCGGAGGAGUACGCGCGUCUGAUCAUGGAGGAGCUGGACCCGGGCAACCUGGGCUACAUCGAGCUCUACAACCUGGAGAUGCUGCUCCUCCAGGCGCCCUCCCAAUCCGCGCGCAUCGGCACCACCAACAGCCGGAACCUGAGCCAGAUGCUGAGCCAGAGCCUCCGCCCCACCCCCGAGCCGAACCCGCUCCGGCGCUGGUACCGCCGCGCGCAGUACUUCCUGGAGGACAACUGGCAGCGCGUGUGGGUACUCCUCCUAUGGCUCUCCAUCUGCUCCGGCCUCUUCGCCUGGAAGUUCAUCCAGUACCGCCGCCGCUACGUGUUCCACGUGAUGGGCUACUGCGUGUGCGUCGCCAAGGGCGGCGCCGAGACGCUCAAGUUCAACAUGGCGCUCAUCCUGCUGCCCGUGUGCCGGAACACCAUCACCUGGAUCCGCAACCGCACCGCCGGCGUCGGGCGCGUCGUGCCCUUCGACGACAACCUCAACUUCCACAAGGUGGUGGCCGUGGGUAUCGCCGUGGGCGCCGGGCUCCACAUCAUCUCUCACCUGACGUGCGACUUCCCGCGGCUGCUCCACGCCACGGACGCCGAGUACGCGCCGCUGGGGCAGUACUUCGGUGUCCCGCGCCCGCCCAACUACUGGUGGUUCGUGAAGGGCACCGAGGGGUGGACGGGGCUGGUGAUGCUGGUGCUCAUGGCGGUGGCCUUCACGCUGGCGACGCCGUGGUUCCGGCGCGGGCGGAUCGCGCUGCCGGGGGUGUUGAAGAAGCUGACGGGGUUCAACGCGUUCUGGUACUCGCACCACUGCUUCGUGGUGGUGUACGCGCUGCUCAUCGUGCACGGGCACUACCUGUACCUGACGCACAAGUGGUACAAGAAGUCGACGUGGAUGUACCUGGCGGUGCCCAUGGUGCUGUACGCGUGCGAGCGCCUCACGCGCGCGCUGCGGUCCAGCGUCAGGCCCGUGAGGAUACUGAAGGUGGCCGUGUACCCGGGGAACGUGCUGUCGCUGCACUUCUCCAAGCCGCAGGGGUUCCGGUACAAGAGCGGACAGUACAUCUUCGUCAACUGCGCCGCCGUCUCGCCGUUCCAGUGGCACCCGUUCUCCAUCACGUCGGCCCCACGGGACGACUACGUGAGCGUGCACAUCAGGACGCUGGGCGACUGGACCCGCGAGCUCAAGAACGUCUUCUCGAGGGUGUGCCGGCCGCCGACGGAGGGCAAGAGCGGGCUGCUCCGCGCCGAGUACGACCGCGACGGCAGCGCCAUGGCCAACCCCAGUUCGGCCGGUGGGCAUGAUGAGCUAGAGAUUGGCGAACCAACUAACGGUGCCCGGCCGGUGAUAUCUUCUGUUGGUCCUGCUGGUUUAUCCAUGGGCCAGUGCCAUAUCUGGGGGGCUGUGGACAGCCAGUGGCUGGGGAUAAGGGACUACAAGCAGUACGACAUCGUGCUUCUCGUCGGGCUGGGCAUCGGCGCCACGCCCAUGAUCUCCAUCAUCAAGGACAUCAUCAACAACAUGAAGCAGCUGGACGGCGACCUGGAGGCCGGCUCCGGCGCCGACACCUCGGCGUCCUCCAUGGCGUCGUUCCGCACGCGGCGUGCCUACUUCUACUGGGUGACCCGCGAGCAGGGCUCCUUCGAGUGGUUCCGGGGCGUCAUGGACGAGGUGGCCGAGACCGACAAGAAGGGCGUGAUCGAGCUCCACAACUACUGCACCAGCGUGUACGAGGAGGGCGACGCCCGGUCCGCGCUCAUCGCCAUGCUCCAGUCGCUCAACCACGCCAAGCACGGCGUCGACGUCGUGUCGGGCACCCGCGUCAAGACCCACUUCGCCAGGCCCAACUGGCGUAACGUCUACAAGCGCAUCGCCCUCAACCACCAAAACCAGCGCGUCGGAGUGUUCUACUGUGGUGCGCCGGUGCUGACAAAGGAGCUGCGUGAGCUCGCGCAGGAUUUCUCACGGAAAACCAACACCAAGUUCGAGUUCCACAAGGAGAACUUCUAA